AUGCAUUCACGUGGAUCAUGGUCUGUUAAAAGUGAGCCUCAAAACUAUGAACAAAUUUACGAUUAUUUUCGACAAAUAUUAAUCAAUUGUUCCAAAUCCGUUGAUACAAUCGAACAAAGCUAUUAUCAUCAACACCAGUCAUCUGUUCGAACUACACUGACAACGUGGUCAAAACCGUUGAAUGAUCUCCGAAAUUGUCGUCAACUACAAGAGAUUCGAAAUGGAAAAACUAUUCGUGAUUUAUUAAAUGAUAUUAAAACUGGUGAGUUUAUUAUUGGACCGGUAUCAAACGAGUCAAUUUUGUUAUUAAGACGAAUAACGGAGAGAACAAAUCAAAUCUUAAACACCAAGUUGCCAGAGUUAGCAAAAACAAUCGAAGAAUGUAUGAGUCAAAUGGAACAAUAUUUUCUCUCCUUCUAUCAAAUUGAACACGUUCAAGACAUUGUACUACAGAGAAGAAAAGAAAAAUUACCUGAUGAGAAUGUUGAAACAGCCUAUACAUACGAAAAAUGUCGAUGGGAACAUAUGACGGCUGUCAAUAAAUCGAUGCGAUUGAUACAGGAUAUGAAGAUGACAGUAGAAAAUGUGAAAGGUGUUCAAAUGGCUCAAUUGAGUCGUGAAUGUCAAGAAUUAGCCAUUCGAACCCAUCUUCAAUAUUUGCCAUAUGUUUUCGCUGUACCCGAGUGUUUUGUGGAAGCAAGAAAAGCGAUAAAAGAAUUAGAAACAUGGCUGGAAGAGGAUACAUUAUACAACUCGUUUAUUCUGAAAUCAAUUAAAAAGUUGGAUGAAAAAGUCAAUAAUGCUAAAAAGGAAUUGAACCAGGCCAAAACACAAUUAAUUAAUAUUGAACACAAAAUAUUAGCCACAUAUCAACUGGAUCCAAUUAAUGAGUCACCUGCACUCUGUGAAAUAAGAAACUUUUUAAUGUUUUCAACAUUAACAACAUCAACAUGGUUUAUUGCAUUAGCAUCAAUUGAUCGCUAUUUUAUUAGUUGUCAAAAUGUUAAACGUCGUCAACU